AAACCACGAAUGGCUUCACGAUCUGCACCCAAGCUGCUGCCAACACAAGCCAAAAAGAGUGAAUGAAAGAACGUUCCAUUCCGAUCUGUACAGCCAAGUCAAUAAAAAAUUGAAAGCGAAGCGCUGUGCAGAAGCAGUUUAUUUUUGACAUGAAUAUUUGUGUUUGUAAACACGCCAAAAAUCGAUAAUAUUUUCAAAAAAGAAAAAAGGGUCCUGCCUGGCCAGCAGCAAAUUCGUGAACUAUUCAUUCAGCUAGUUUUGCUGUAGGAGGAAGAGUGAGUGGGCCACGAAAAUAGUGUGCAGUGACUAGAUGUGACUUUUUUUUUGUUAUUCGAAGGAGCUUCGUUUUCGAGGCCACCAUCAUCAGUUUCGUGAUUUUGUGCUAGAAUUUCUGGAGAAGAGAUUUACCUAAAAAGCCUCGCAAGUUUUGUGUUUCUUCAAAUUCCUUCUUCGUCAUAGCAGACGCUGUCGAUGUGCUGGCAAAUAUAGGUGGCGUAUUCGCUUAGACUCGCGGAUUCAGCAAAAGGGCAUCGACCGACGACGAGAUAUUGAAUGGGUUAAGUAGACCGCCCUAGAGCCCCCGGUCCAGUAGCGCGAAUUACACUAACCAAGUACCACAAUGGAACAACUGCAAUUGCAAACGACAGAACUACCAUUCUGUCGGCUAUGCUUCACACAAGGCGUCGAGCUGUACGAAAUCUUCCCGGGAGCUGGAAAUGACAACGAAUCUCUGCUAAUCAAGAUUAUGGACUGUCUUACCGUGGCCAUAACAUUCGACGAUGACUACAACUCGUACAUAUGCGCCAAGUGCGUUACUUCGGUGGAGGAGUUUUACGAUUACAAGGAAAAAUGCAAGGAAAACGACGCACUACUACGCGAGAAGCGAAAAGCGGUCGACCAGACCGCAAUUUACAACGUGGUCAACAUGCAACCGGAAGAGGAGGUAUCCAACAGUAAUGGUAGUAACGGAGCUUCCCAGGAUUUAGCCACAAUCGAAGAUCAACAGAUGACACUCGAACAUCGUAUCAGUAUAGAGGGCGGAGCACCGCUCAACGGGAACAUUAUCGAAUUUAAGAAACAAUUGUUUACUGCUUCUCCCGACCAACUUGGUAUUUGGAUUUGCGUGGCAUCCGGCAGUGACAUUCAAUGCCCGGCAAUGAUUCAGGUUGACGAAAAUGUUCAGGUUGUAGCGGAAAUCGGACAACACAACCAUGGACUUCCAGUGUCAGUAACGGAUAAUCCACCGCAAGAUACUAAGCCGCCGAUGCCCACUCCACCGCAACAGCAACAACCGCAGCAGCAGCCUCAGGUACAGCAACAACAAACAGUUGUUUCUCAACCAACGAAAACUCCUGGAACAUCCGGCACAAACACCACAUCAAGUGGUGCUAGCAAGAAGCGCAAAACAAAGGAUCAACCUAGCAAAAGAAAAAUUUCUAACGACAUCCUUGUAGGCGACGGUUGGCUGGUCGAUGUUGAAAGCCAGAAGCGUCAUCACUAUCAGCUCGUUACGAAGGAUGGCUACCAGACGUUUCUGAUUUUCAAUGGCUAUCGCUUCCGUACACAGCAGAAGAUUCGCAACGGAAUUGCAUCAUGGAAAUGCGCUUGGAAUGGGCGUAAAGGAUGCCAGGCAAUUCUGCAUAUUACCGAGGACUAUCAAAAAGUAAAGGAAGUCGGCAAUCCGCACAAUCACGAACCAUCGUUGCGCGAUCGAAUGAUAUCUGGCAAGCCGACUAACGGCAGCGAUGGCGUUCUCAUGGGUUCCGAUGGUGAAGAAAGUUUGCAUGCUGGCACUGAACUGCAGCAAAUUACACUCACGGCUGCAGUCGGUGGCAGCAGCAGCAACAGUAUCAAUACACACUCGGUAGUCGGUGCGACACUGGGUAAUGCAGCCACGGCUACCGUUACUGGUGGUGGCGCUUCCUCGUCCGUAGGAACCAGUAACACAAUAGGUAAUCUCGACUCCGUCACGAGCACUGCGGUCAGUCAUAGCUCGUCACUAGAUCAUUUGUCUACGGCAGAGAUUGUGGACUUUGUUCAGCAGAACAGUAGCGGUAGCGAUCAACUGGUAACAACCGUCGUGGAUGCUGAUGUACACCAUGCGGCCGUGGUUGGCGGUGUCGUCGUCGAUGAUGACGUAGGCAAGGACGAUAUGCCAAUGGACAUUGAAGAAAUUAUUCGUCCCCACGUAGUUCUCCAUUCGACUAACGAAUAGAAGCAAAAUGACAGCAAAACAAUGGAAACAUUAGGUUUAAGAAAUCAGUGCGGAUAUUCUCAACCCUAAAAUAUAUAUUAUAUAUAUUUUUAAAUUGUGUAGCAACGUGAGCGCAGGAUCCUAGGGGUUUUAAGCAAGAAGACUAGCUUGUAAGAUCUACGAUUAUGAAUAAACUUAAGGCGACGGAGCGCAUUAUGAGCUAAACAUAAUUGGUAAGUAUAUUUAGGCCUCUUUGUGUAAAUUGCCAAACUUAAUAAACAGUAAUAAAUAA